AUGCUGGACGCAAGCAACAUGGAGCCAAUUACGGGUGACCGCAAGGCAUAUUUCGAAGAUCUCCGCAAGAACCAUAUCCCUCAAUUCUUAUUUCGUACUUGGAGCAGCAACAGCGGUGGAGGAUCAGAACACGCAACUAACAGUGUCAAGGAGAUCAUUCCGCACGGCUUCAUGAAGAAAGCCUCUGGAAGCAGAUUCUACGACAAGCCUGAAAGUGAGCUUUACAAAAUGGUGCAAGACCAUUACGACACCGAAUCUGUUUUCACCUCCGAAUUUAGCUCAUGGACGGGGUCACUUCACCUAGCUCUCUGCUAUGCUGGAUCCAUAGAAGAAGAAUACGGUCCCCACGUCGCAAUCAUGGACACACACCAGCUGGAUGGAGACGUCUUGGUCUGGCAUGUUCCGCACCUGUUCAAGCCCGACGGACUUCAUGAGUACUUGGCUCAUGGACCAAUCAGAGGCAUUGGAUACAAGGCCGUAUCGUACAAGACGUUAAUGUCAGCUGGUCUGGCACAGGUAUUUCCCGAGCUAUUGGAGACCGAUCUCGCUGACUGGGGUAUGAGCUCACGCAACGGGAUGUUCAACGGGCCCCCGAUUCCAUUUCCAACGGACAACAUUGAGAAAUCUGACGAGAUGAAGCAGAUUCAAUCAAUCGCAAACCUUUACGGCCAUCUUUACUUACCAGUAGCGACUAGUCUGAUGUGUCUUCGGCUUCGACCUUGGUUAGGCUCGCGAGCUGUUUGCAAAUACGAAGCCAGCCAAGGAUAUUUCGAGGGUGGAUCAAACUCCUCCGAGCCAUCUCUGAACGCACAGAUUGAUGAGUACAAAGGCUUCGAGAACGAAGAUGGGUUCGAGGAUUAG